ACACACACACCCUCGUAUGUGCUCUUGCGCAUCGUAGAUCUUAGAAAGUGCUAGUGUUCAACUACAGUGAAAGUUAACAUGUAUAUGCACGCUUUCAUACGCGCAAGCCUUGGAUUUGUAGGUUUCUGCUUGGUCGUCUUUGUCCAACAGUCAGCUUCAGGAAGUAAAACCACUCAAGACGUGGACGAGUGUGCAGAGGCGCUUGACAACUGCAGCAUCGAUGCCAUCUGCCAGAACACCCUGAAGUCAUACAAAUGUAUCUGCAAGUCGGGCUAUAAAGGGGAUGGCAAACAUUGUGAAGAUGUCGACGAGUGUGCAACUGAAUACAACGGUGGCUGUGUCCAUGAGUGCAUCAACAUCCCAGGAAAUUACAGGUGCACAUGCUAUGAUGGCUUCCGCUUGGCACAUGAUGGGCACAAUUGUCUAGAUGUGGAUGAGUGCUCAGAAGGCAACGGCGGAUGCCAACAGAUUUGUGUCAACAUGAUGGGCAGCUACGAGUGCCGCUGCAGAGAAGGAUUCCUCCUGAGUGACAACCAGCAUACCUGUAUCCAAAGGCCUAAAGUGCAACCAGAAGGCGCAAAGGAGGGACCCACCUGCAUGGACAAGAAUCACGGCUGCGCACACAUCUGUAGGGAAACACAGAAGGGUGGCAUCUCCUGUGAGUGUCGACCUGGAUUCCAGCUCACCCGUAACAUGAAGGACUGCAAAUUGACGUGUAACUACGGUAAUGGGGGUUGCCAGCACGUCUGCGAGGAGACAGACCACGGCCCCAAGUGCUCGUGCCACAUGAAGUUCGUCCUGCACAGCGAUGGAAAGACUUGUGUAGGGGAGAGGAGUGUCCCGUCCCCGGCAGUCCCACAGCCGUUCCCUAAUGAGACCUGUGCAGUGAACAAUGGCGGCUGUGAUAGCACAUGUCAUGAUUCAGUGACAGGAGUCCGCUGCAGCUGUCCUGUUGGCUUCACUCUGCAGCCGGACCGCAAGACCUGCAAAGACAUUGAUGAGUGCCGUCUUAACAAUGGGGGAUGUGAUCAUGUGUGUCGAAACACAGUGGGCAGCUUUGAGUGCAGCUGCAAGAAAGGCUACAAGCUGCUGACCAAUGAGAGAACUUGUCAAGACAUUGAUGAGUGCUCUUUUGACCGCGCCUGUGACCACUUUUGUGUCAACUCUGCCGGCAGUUUCCAGUGCCUCUGUCAUAAAGGCUACGUCCUCUACGGCUUGGCACAUUGUGGAGAUAUUGAUGAAUGCAGUAUAAAUCGUGGAGGUUGUAAAUAUGGCUGCAUCAACACUCUGGGGAGUUACGAGUGUACCUGUCCACCAGGGUACAAGCUGCACUGGAACAGGAAAGACUGUAUUGAGCUGGUGAAAUGUCCUCCUGGACUGGUGGCACCAAAGGCCACUCUGACCUGUAGCAAGACUGGCAAGAAAGAGAGCUGCUCUCUUACCUGUGCCUCCAAGGCUCACUAUCUGGCAGAGUCUGAAAGCAGCUACUCAGUCAGCUGUGGUAUCCCCAUCCUGAGAGGGAAGUCCCCUGCAAGGCUCAACUCCAGCAGCAGUCAGAGCUGCAUAGAGACUUUGGCCCCUCCAGUGAAGCAGACAGCUUCUUUCAAGAUCAAAAACGCCAAAUGUCACCUGCACCCAAAACUGACCGGCAGGACGGAGGACAGAGGACGGACACUUGGACCAGGAGGCGGGCAGCCCUGCAGCAACUGCCUGGUGACAUUUGUCAACCUCAAAUGUGACUCCUCUAAGAAAACAAAAGGGCGGCGUGCUCGCAACCCCUCUAACAAAGAGGUAACACGCAUCACUUUGGAGCUAGAAGCUGAGGUCAAACCUGGAGACACUACAGGGAGUUGCAAUCUCAGCUGCCUCAGACAGCGCAUGGAGAAGCAGGUGAAGACGUAUAUCAAGGCUCUGAAGAAGUCCAUAAACCAGGAACGCUUCCUGAUCCGAGUUGCUGGUUUGGAGUAUGAGGUGGCCCAAAAACUUCCCCAGGCUGCUCCCAGUCAGGAGAACUGUGGCCCGGGCUGGGAGAGGGACAGUGGCCGAUGUGUCAGAUGUUUGCCAGGGUCUUACUACCACGGUGAGCAGGAGCGCUGUGUCCAGUGUCCGCCCGGCACUUUCCAAGAGAAGGAGGGGCAGCUGGCCUGUGACCUCUGCCCCGGCAGCGACGGUCACGGUCCCGUUGGUGCACGAAACAUCUCCUCCUGUGCAGGCCAGUGUCCGACGGGGUACUUCUCCAGUGACGGGUUCAAACCUUGUCAGCCGUGCCCUCAGGGCGCCUACCAACCAGACUUGGGGCGGACCUUGUGCUUCCCCUGUGGGGGAGGACUGAGCACCAAGCGGGAAGGUUCCAGCUCCUUCCAUGAUUGUGAAGUUAAAGUUCAGUGUUCUCCAGGUCAUUACUACAACACCACAGUACACCGGUGUAUCCGCUGCCCAGUGGGGACGUAUCAGACAGAGUUUAGACAGAACUACUGUAUUUCCUGCCCUGGGAACACCACCACUGAUUUUGAUGGUGCCACAAGUGUCUCGCAGUGCAAAAACAGGCAAUGUGGUGGUGAAAUGGGUGAAUUCAUGGGUUAUAUUGAGUCACCUAACUAUCCCGGUAAUUACCCUGCUAAUGUGGAGUGUAUUUGGAACAUCAACCCGCCCAGCAAGCGCAAGAUCCUAAUCGUGGUGCCAGAGAUUUUCCUGCCCUCAGAGGAUGAGUGUGGAGAUGUGCUGGUUAUGAGGAAGAACUGGUCAGCCACAUCCAUCACCACCUACGAGACGUGUCAGACGUACGAGCGGCCAAUCGCCUUCACAGCUCGCUCCAGACGUCUCUGGAUUAACUUUAAGUCCAAUGAGGCAAACAGCGCCAGGGGCUUUCAGAUCCCUUACGUUACUUAUGAUGAGGACUAUGAACAGCUCGUAGAGGACAUAGUGCGAGAUGGAAGACUCUAUGCCUCAGAAAACCAUCAAGAAAUCCUCAAGGAUAAAAAACUGAUUAAGACUCUUUUUGAUGUGCUGGCUCACCCAAAUAACUACUUUAAGUACACCACUCGGGAGUCCAACGAGAUGCUUCCUCGCUCCUUCAUACGUCUCAUAAGCAGCAAAGUCUCCGCUUUCCUGAGACCUUACAAGUAAAGUCACUCAGCUGCUCAAGCACCGGAUCGUGAACCCCCCCGACAUCCCCGACAUCCCCCUCAUCCCCCUCCACUCCCCUCCACCUUACAGGCCACAUCCCGCAACUCUCGCAGGACUUAACACACAACAUACUAGUACGUUUACUCUCUUAUUUUCCAUAGGCUUUGACAAUAAACACUAUGCAGACCUGAGAAACACUGAAAAUCACUUGUUUCAGGUUUUCUCUCCGUUUCCAUUCAGCACAGGUCUGCAAUCCUGAGCUCAAGCAUUUAGUGGGGGUGUAGAGUAUGUGAGUGGAUUUGGUUUCUAUUGUGUUGUGCAAUGAAACCACCAAAAAAAACAAGACGGUAGGAGUGACGUUUUGUGUGUACGGUUUGAGCUUGAUAGAGCUUGUUAUUGUAUUUGCUUAAAUGAGUGGUCCAGCUCCAACUCCUACCAUUAAGUAUGACUGUAAGUGUUGUGUAAGUGUUGUGUAACCCUGGUUCCAUCUUCAGUGUCUGUGUGCUGUCCUCGAGGAGGAGCGGUUGUUAAAUUCAUGUCGCAGCUGCGUUCGACGUCAUUUAAAGCCUUACUAUAUUUGAGCUCUUAGAGCGCUUUCCAGGGGUUCUACUGUUAAAACAGUUAAUCUAUGUUUUGUUCCAUCUGUCUAGACUGUACUGACGUUUUCCAACCUUCAGAUAAUUUUUGUUGCUCUUUUUUUUGUUUGUUUAAGCCAACUUAAAAGCAGAUACAAAAAAGGUGGUUUAUCAUUCCAGGAACAUAGUGGACAUUUGGGAGAUGAAUAACAAAGUAAUUGUGAGAACCACAGAAAUGAGAAUGUGAUGUCUAGUGGAACAUAUCUCUGAGAGAGAGAUAGAGAGAAAUGUCUUUGAGGGACAUGAUGUUUGCUGCUUCUUUUAAAAAGGUCACUUUAAUUCUUCAAUCUCAUAUUGUCUUUCUGAUGUACUCUACACACUAAUAGUCUAAAACAAAAAAGGAAGCUCCACAUCUAAAAAUAAUUUAGUUCUUACACACAGUAAGUUCAUAAUCUCACAAUGCCGGUCUGUGGACUACCAGUUUUGUGUUUUUAUUUCAAUCUUGUAAAUAAUGAAAAUAAAUUAGACAAGGGUUGAAUUCUUUAAUCCUACUUUUGUUUUUAAACGCAGGACCCCCCCCCAAAAAAAUAAAAAAUAAUCACUUUUUGCCCUUUGUCCCACCCAUCUCAAAUCCAAAGACACCCAGUAACCCUCCAAAAAACACCCCACUCAGAGUUUGUUCUGUCCUAAUGAAGACAGCUCUUCCAAAGACCCCCAAAUAUUUAAACAGUGACUACGGGCAGAGGAAGUUUCCCCAUUUUCAGAGAAAUACUGUAAAAUAUUAAGUCUGUCAAAAAAAUGUAAUUGAGUAUUUGGUGUGUAUAAGAUAUUCUUUGCCAUUUCAAAACAGCGACCAAAACAGGGUAAAAUAAGUUAAGUAAAUAUCUAACACUUCGCUUCAUGUUACGAUCUAGUAAAAGGAGUAGUUUAAUAUUUUGGGAAAUGCGCUUAUUCUCUUUCUUGCCAAGAGUUUAGAUGAGAAAAAUCUAUACCACUGAUGUCUUUACAGUAAAUGUGAAGCUACAGCCACGCGACAGUUAGCUUAGCAUAAAGACUGGAAACUGAAAACAGCUAGCCAGGCUCUGCCUAAAGAUAACAAAAUCCACCGAGCAGCAGCUUUACAGCUCAGCUAACAUAAAAUCAGUACAACAUGUUGCAGUUUUACAGGGAGUUGUGUUGCACCAUUUCUUGGCUUGGUGCAGUGACUUAAGGAAUGACUCUGCAAGAAAGUAUUUCCCAAAAUUUAGGGACUUCUUUUAAAUUCAUUACCACCACUGCAGUCAGAUUGGUACAAUGAUAAUCCCAGCCCCUUAACCCGUAUAUUCAACCCUCUAAAAACAAAUUGAGUCGAUGCCUGCGCUGAUAUCUAAUGAAUUUUCUGGGGAGUCAUUUUGUCCUCACUUGUGUAAAUUUAAAAAAUAAAAAUAAAA